AGGUCGUCAUUUCUUAUCUUCGAUGCGAAAUCAUUAGCAUACCGCAGACGCGAACAAAGAUGAAGCAGAGCCUUCUCCAAUGGAGUCCAUGCCAGCAACCCCACUAUCUCUGUUCAGCACCAUCCUCAUCCCCCCUCCUUUCACUCCUUAUCCCCCCAACCAAACUCACCCGCUUUCCACUGAUUCUCGCCAAUCUCGAUUCCACCAUUUCCACAACCACCGGCGACACUCAACGACAGUUGUCGGCCAGGGAGAGGAGGCAGCUAAGAAAUGAGAUCAGAGAGCAGAAAGCCAAAUAUAAUUGGAGAGAAGAAGUGGAGGAGAGGUUAAUGAAGAAGCCCAAGAAGGAGUACGUUCCUAAGUCGGUAGAACUCAAUCUCGAUAACUUGGCUCACUUGGGUCCCCAGUGGUGGAUCAUUAGGGUUUCACGGGUCAAGGGUCACGAGACCGCGGAUCUUGUCGCUCGCUUACUUGCAAGGAAUUACCCUGAAAUGGAAUUUAAGGUCUAUGCUCCAGCCAUCCAGGAGAAAAGAAAAUUGAAAAAUGGUUCCUACUCAGUUAAACAAAAGCCUAUUUUCCCUGGAUGUGUUUUCCUAAGAUGUGUAUUAAACAGAGAAAUACAUUACUUCAUUAGAGAGUGCGAUGGAGUUGGUGGAUUUGUUGGCUUCAAGGUUGGAAACAACAAAAGGCAGAUUAGCAAGCCUAAGCCUGUAUCUGUUGAAGACAUGUCAGCUAUUUUCCGAGAGUCAAUGGAGGCGAAAGAAAGAUAUGAACAGGCUUUCCUGCAGGAACAGCAACGGGAAGAACGCCUGAAGUCUGAAAAGUUAGAUAUCAAUGGGGCUCAAAAAUCAACUGUGGAUUCCAAACCAAAACAGCAAUCUGGAGUAUCUUCUGACCCUCCUGCAGAUAGUCCAUCUCCAAGAAAGAAAAGAAACAGCCUUGUUGUUGGUUCAACAGUUCGUGUUGUGUCUGGUAUAUUUGCAGAAUUCGUAGGCACUCUUAAGAAACAAAAUCGAAAGACGAAAAAGGCCACUGUUGCAUUAACCCUGUUUGGGAAAGAGAGCUUGGUAGACCUAGACCUCAGUCAAAUAGUUGCAGAGGCGACAUGAUGUAAAUAUGUGUUUAUUCAUAAUUAUCAAAUUAUUUCAUUAUUCAUCUGAGAAAUGUGUUUUCUCUUUUCAUAGGUUUCUUAAUAAUACGCAAGGUGCGUAGUGCACCAGAUUUAGGACUUUGGACAUA